AUGGAUGUGUCCGAUCUGAGUGACAAUUUAGAAAAGUUACAAAAUAUUGAAGACAAAAUUGUUAAGGAAUACAAUUUUAUUAGGGAAUGUUACCGCUUCAAGUUCCCUGAACUUGAAAAUCUAAUUCAUCACCCGGUUGAAUAUGUUCGUCUUGUCAAGAUGAUCGGCAAUGAAACUGAUAUGGAUCGAGUGUCACAUCUCAACGACGUCCUGUCUUCUGCCAUGAUCAUGGUUGUUUCAGUGACAGCUUCAACCACCUGUGGAACGCCGCUUCCAGAGGAUAUUUUAAAGAGGACUCUUGAGGCUUGUGAUCGUGUUAUUGAGCUUGAUUCAAUAAGAAUAAAAUACCUCAAGUUUGUUGAGAGUCGGAUGUUAGAUAUUGCACCUAAUGUUUCCGCUCUGGUUGGGAGUGCCACUGUGGCUAAACUCAUUGCUGAUGCUGGUGGUCUAGUCGAGUUAGCUAAUCUGCCAGCUUGUAAUGUUAAACUUGUUGGGGCUCAAAAGAAAAAUUUAGCAGGUUUUUCAAGUGAUCAGCUUCGUAUUGGUUAUAUUGAACAAACAGAAGUGUUUCACAGUACACUAGGUGAUGGGUUGGGAGUAGGGUAUGGUAUGUUUGGUCAAGAUGGAUGUGGGAAGUUACGCGUUUCUGCUACUCCAACCAGGCUUAAACUUUCCAAGACGUACAAAAGCAAGUUAGCAUCCUAA